AUGAAGAAACUGAUAUUAAUAGUGAUGGCAUAUUGUUCUGUUCUGAUUUCAGGUGUACGUGGACUUAGGAAUGUAUCUAUUGAUAUUCCAUUGGCCGUAGCAGCUGGCUCGACCGUCAAUAUGAGCUGCAGAUACGAUCUAGAAUCAGAUAAUUUAUAUACAGUAAAAUGGUACAAGGGUCCUGAAUUUUUUCGAUACAUCCCCAAAGAGAUGCCACCAAUAAGUGUUUUCGGAGAAUUGGGUAACAAAGUUCUCGUACAACGAAGCGGCGCUCAUCACGUAAUUUUAAAAAAUCUGCAACCAAAUCAUACUGGAAAGUACCGCUGCGAAGUCUCCGGUGAUUCUCCGUCGUUUAAUACCAUCAUGGUCUCUGCUUACAUGUACGUGGCUAAUCUACCGAAGAGCGAUCCUCAAGUAAGAGUGGAGAAAAUACGCUACGCAGUGGGAGACACGGUGCGUGGAAACUGCACUGUUCCUUCGGGAAAUCCACCAGCAAAUGUGACAUGGACUGUCAAUGGAGUACCGGUAAACUCCAGUUUCAUGAUGAACGUAACUGACAAGAUUAUUGACAAUCAACAGCUAAUGACUAUCGCAGGACUGGAUUUUGAAAUUAUACCAGAUAGCUUUAAUAACGGAAGAUUGCAUAUUAUUUGCCAUGCUAACGUUUUUCAUUUGUAUAAAAAGCAGGCUGAUGUUGAAUUGAUCGAGGAACGGCCACGUUUGGCAUCCGUAUUAGGAACUCGGGAAUCUUCUUACAUUGGUGGAGCAACGAAACACUUCGAAGGAUGGUUCUUGUUCACUGCCGCAGUCACGCUAUUGCUGUGCAAUUUGAGAUAACAACAAUGAACCCGUUAUUCGUCUUAUGCGCAUGUGACUGUACCGAAAUGGAAAGGUCAAAUUGUUUAUAAAAUUUUGAAAUUAUUAAGUGCAACGGGGCAAGAGCGAAAAAUUUUUCGUUAACAUAAAUAUCGACCGUAUGUUAUUCGUGUAAAUAGGAUAAAAAUUUAGCGAAUUAUCUACGUGUAAUUGCGACCUGCGGUGUCUCGUUGCAGCGAGAUGAAUUUAUAACCUGAAUAACAUGUCAUAAUAUUAUGUAUUAGAUUGACGAUGUGUC